AUGGAAAAUGAUGUCAGAACAAGUGAAUUUUGUACUACAUUGCUCUUCCUUGCAAUACGAUGUGUUGAAAUGAAAUUACUCAUUAAAAAGGUAAUCAAAUACAAGCACUACAUAAUGGUGUCACGCGGUGGUAACGAAUCCAAUCUAUACAGACUUCGUCCUGAGCAGUUGUUUGAACUCCAAACAGCAUUUCAUCAAAUCGAUUCGAAUCAUAAUGGUUAUAUAACCGGUGAUGAGAUGCGCGAGUGUCUUCAGCGUUUUCGUAUUGGAUACACUGAUGCGGAUAUUCAACGUGUCUUAUCUCAGAUGGAUUUCAACCGAGAUGGACGAGUCAGUUACGACGAAUAUAUGACUUUCAUGGCAAGAGUUUAUCGAGGUGAAAUUACUUAUUAA